AGUUGAACCACUUUAAUUACUCGAUCACAAUCGCCAAAAAAAAAAGAUGCCUUCAAGCUGCGAAAUCUGUUGUGAACUGCUCAUCGCCAUUUUGUUCCCUCCUUUGGGUGUUUGCUUAAGGCACGGUUGUUGCAGCGUAGAGUUUUGUAUUUGUUUGAUUUUAACGAUUCUGGGUUAUGUUCCUGGGAUAAUCUAUGCUCUUUACGCCAUUGUUUUUGCGAAUCGAGAUGAGUACUUUGACGAGUACCGGCGACCACUUUAUUAUUCAAGUGCUUAGUAUUGUUUAAUUAUGAAUGUUUGUGAUGCUCUAAGCUUUGGUUUGAUUUUUGAUGUGUUGCUGCUCUUUGACUGAUCUUGAUGUACUUAUGCUGUUAUGAAUGAUAAUGGAUCUUUGGUCUUUCAUUUU